UGUGUGGGCAAGUGAAGUCUUUCCUGUAGCCCCUCCCCUCCCGAAGCCUGGGAUUAGCUCUGAAGUAAACAAAAAAUGGAGGCAGUGAAGAACCCCCAGAACCCCCUCCCUAAUCUGUCCUGACUCGAGGUAUCCGGCAAGGAAGUUUGCUUUUUUUUCUUUUUUUUAAUUCGAGAAGUUUUCCUUUAGUUGUGCGACUUCAUUCGCGAUCAGGUUUUGAGAGCCACUGCAGACUCUUGAGGCCAUGUUUUAAAAGCGUGUGCCUUCAGGAAAGGAAGGGGAAGGCGGCCCGGAGGAGAAUCCAGACUAGGAGGAUCAAUAGACGUGCGCGGAGGGACUGGCGCGCGGCCGCCGCCUCCCGCCCGGCUCCGCCGGCUCCCUGCGCAGCAACUCCGCCCGCCAGGGUCCGCGCAGCGGCAGGGGGCGGGACCCUAUGCAAAUGAAGGGGUGUGGCCAGCGCGCGGUGCCUGGGUCCCGGAAGCUCCGGGAGGCCCGGUAUAAAAAAAGUACUGAAGACACUUCCUCCGGCACAAGUGCUAAAGCUCCAGAGACAGGAGCGUGUGCAGCGGCGGCGACAGCGGCAGCCGCCACCUCCGGGACCACCUCAGCUGGGGCGGCGGCGCGGGCGGGGGCGCGGGGCGGGAGUGGCCUGCGCGGGCGACCGGUGUCUGGGAAGUCCUCGCCGCGGUCGGGAGCGCACUCGCAGCUCCGGAAAAGUGUUGCCGCCCCGCGCGCGGUUCCUCGCUCGCCCGCGCUCCUAGAAGGGGCGGGCGCCUCCAGGACUGACUGGGGCCAAGUGGCAUUCGGCGGGCACUUCAUGGCGGAGGGCGAAGGGUACUUUGUCAUGGCCGAGGACGAGCUCGGCGGCGGCCCCUACAUCCCCCUGGACGGCGACUUCGGCGGCGGCGGCGACUUCGGCGGCGGCGGCGGCGGCGGCGACCUGGGCGGCGGGCGCUGCCCGGACUAUCGCGACCGCCCCACGGCGCACUGCAACGUGCUCACCUGGGAGCAAGUGCAGCGGCUGGACGGCCUCCUGAGCGAGACCAUCCCGAUCCACGGGCGCGGCAACUUCCCCACGCUCGAGCUGCAGCCGAGCCUCAUCGUGAAGGUGGUGCGGCGGCGCCUGGCCGACAAGCGCAUCGGCGUCCGCGACGUGCGGCUCAACGGCUCGGCCGCCAGCCACGUCCUGCACCAGGACAGCGGCCUGGGCUACAAGGACCUGGACCUCAUCUUCUGCGCCGACCUGCGCGGGGAAGAGGAGUUUCAGACUGUCAAGGACGUCGUGCUCGACUGCCUGUUGGACUUCUUACCCGAGGGGGUGAACAAAGAGAAGAUCACGCCGCUCACGCUCAAGGAAGCUUAUGUGCAGAAAAUGGUUAAAGUGUGCAAUGACUCCGACCGAUGGAGUCUCAUAUCUCUGUCAAACAACAGUGGCAAAAAUGUGGAACUGAAAUUUGUGGAUUCCCUCCGGAGGCAGUUUGAAUUUAGUGUAGAUUCUUUUCAAAUCAAAUUAGACUCUCUUCUCCUUUUUUACGAAUGCUCAGAGAAUCCAAUGACUGAAACUUUUCAUCCCACUAUAAUUGGUGAGAGUGUGUAUGGUGAUUUCCAUGAAGCCUUUGAUCACCUCUGUAACAAGAUCAUUGCCACCAGGAACCCAGAGGAAAUCAGAGGGGGAGGCCUGCUAAAGUACUGCAACCUCUUAGUAAGGGGCUUUAGGCCUGCCUCUGAGGAGAUCAAGACCCUUCAGAGGUAUAUGUGUUCCAGAUUUUUUAUUGACUUCUCAGACAUUGGAGAACAGCAGAGAAAACUGGAAUCCUAUUUGCAGAACCACUUCGUGGGAUUGGAAGACCGCAAGUAUGACUAUCUCAUGACCCUUCAUGGAGUGGUAAAUGAGAGCACAGUGUGCCUGAUGGGGCAUGAAAGAAGACAGACUUUAAAUCUUAUCACAAUGCUUGCUAUUCGGGUGCUGGCUGACCAAAAUGUCAUCCCCAAUGUGGCUAAUGUCACUUGCUAUUACCAGCCGGCCCCCUAUGUAGCAGAUGCCAACUUUAGCAAUUACUACAUUGCACAGGUCCAGCCAGUAUUCACAUGCCAGCAACAGACAUACUCCACUUGGCUACCCUGCAAUUAAAAAUUAUUUUAAAAUGUCCUGUGGGGAAGCCGUUUCAGACAAGAUAGGAAGAAACAAAAAGGUUGAGUAACCCAACCCUAAUUAGAGUUGUAUUUUGUGCAGUGAUGAUCUGCUCCUGAUUUUAUGUUUGGCAAAGUUUGUGAACCUUUUCACAGUCAUGGGAAUAUAAUUUCAAAUGAGUACCCCUGCCCUAGCAAGUUCUCCACUUAAUUCUACCCAUUUGGAUUCUGUCCUUAAAUAGAAGAGACCUAAAUACAACCAGGUUCUCCUAAAGUAAUCAAGGUAAAUAAAAUAAAAUUAAAAUAUAUAUAUUUGAUGACAAUAUGGGUUCGCAGUACCUGCUCCCGUAGCUUUGCCACAAUGUGGGGGAGGUGCAUUUUUUUUUAUAAGCUGGAACUCAUAAAAGGGCAAAAUAAAGCAGAGAAAAAGGUUUUACCCCUAUAUAAUUUAUAAUCAUCAGAUCAGGAGUUGAGUUAAUGAUGAUAAUGCAGGGAAGGGAAACUCCAGCAUGGAGAUUACUGCCGAGGCUUAUAACAAGUGCUUUCUGUCUAUCCUAUAGAGGUAACAGAAACAGCUUGCUCUAGAUAAACAGUAGUAGGUUGGUGCUGUUCUCAUAACAAACAGCAGAAUUUAGGAUGACACAAUCUAUUAUUCCCAGCUGCGUGCAUAGCUCACAUUUUUAAAAUGUGAAAAUGCAAACAAAAACAGCUGUAGCAAAGAAAGUACGCUCAAGGACCAAAGAUUUAACAGAUAAAUAACCCAGUAAAUGAGAACUAGUAGAAUAUAUAAAGAGUUGCUAUAUUUGUUACACACCAAUAUACAUCAAAAGUGCCUGUUGCUUUCUGAAAAUUUGAAGUGGGAAAAUUUUAUGGUGUAAUGAUUAUUUUAUCAGGGACUCAAGAAGAAAACAAAACAACAAUAAGCUUGUGAAUUGUGGAGAAAAUGCCCUAUUUUUUCUUGGCAAACACUUGUAUAAAGUUACUGUUGUUGGUAUGAUAUUACCAUAGAUAUAUGUGUAUGUGUGUGUAUCUUCUGUGUGUAUAUACACAUAGCAUAAAUAUGUAUAUUUUAUGCUAUGUGUAUAUGCCCACGUACAUUGACUAUGGUCUAGAUAAUGUAGCAAAUAGGAAAUGUUUAAAUAUUGUGCACUUUUAUGUUUUCAACAGGAUGAUAUGAGAUCUGGGCGUAUUGCAGUGAUGAAUUAAAACCACAUCGUAAAGUAAAUGAAAGAGGAAAACAUAAUAUAUUUGAUAGGAAGAGCAGAUAUAAUACAGUUUUAAUGGUUGUGUGUGUGUAUGUGUGUGUGUGUGUGUGUACUAUGUGUGUGUGCACGCACACAUGCGUGUAUGUGUGCCAUAGAAUUCCACAAAUGGGAAAAUACUUGGUAGAGCUUUUUUUUUUUUAAAUAUUAAACUGCCAUUUUUGACAGUUUGAACCCUUUUAUUUUUUGUGUACUUGCAUGCAUCCAAAGGAUCUUGGAUCAGUGAUAGUCUGUUUAAAUCCCUAACUGCUAAAAAGAAAUUCUGGUGAUCUGAACACUACUUAUUAAUAUUUAAAGGAUUUUUUUAAUGAAUGCAUUCUGCAUUCUAGGACCACUAGAACUUAGUAAAUGUGAAAUGACCCUUUUUAAAAGAGUAUUUGCACAAAUAAGUAAAUUUAUAUAUGAGAUAUAUAUUAUAUAUGAAAUUUUAUAAAUCCAUGCAAAUAUGGAACAUCUUUGAUCUGGUUGUCACACUGCAUUAAAUGUUUAGUACUGUACUUUAAAUUCAAUCACUUUGUAUUGGAUCAAGUUCAACUUCAUUUUCUUUUUCCCAAGAGACUGGUUCAUACGUUGUGAAAUGAACUAGCAUUUACUAUUUCAGUAAAUGACAGCCAAUCCUAACACCACCCCUUCUUCCAGCACUAAUUUCUUUGGACACUGGUUGAAAAUAAAUUUGCCAAAAAUAAAACUAACAUAUGAAAACCUUCCCUUUGUGUUGUAAAAUAGUCACAUAAUCCCUACCAGCUUUAGUGGAUGGCUGCUACAUAUGAUAAUCCUUUGAAGAAGAACUAAACAGACUUUUAUCAUCAGUUAAAGCAAGAUUGGGGAAGAAAAUAGCAUCAUUCAAUUGACAGUGUAAUUUUGUUUGUCUAUUAUCUGGGCAACACUCAGAUGUUCAGUUCAAGGCUAAUCCAUCUGAAUUACCUUUGGGCAUAUUUCUUUGAAGCCUUAACAGGAACUUGAUGGGAUUGUAGCAGCUUCCCUGUGAAUUCUGUCUCAGCUAUAAUAGCUGUUGCACUGCCACUCACUGUUUCCUAAGGGACACUUCCUUCUCCCAUGUUGGCUUAGUCUCCCCUCACUCCAGCCCUGGGUUUGAAAUAUUAAAAUCGUGAAUUUCCAGGAGAUACUAUCCCAUAGGUAUAUAAGACUUGACAGCUCUCAGAAACCAGAGCUAGCCUGCUUACCGGUUUGGAAGUGUUCUAAAAACAAUCAACCUAAAGAAACACUCAGGAACAAGAGGCAGUUGGUUAUCUGUUUUCUUCCUUUCCAUCUUUAUUCUUGAUAAAUGAAUUGUCCACUAUUUUAAAAAAGAAUCUGGGGAUGGGGAUCUGUGCCAUAGCAACAACGUGCUAUUAAUUUAUAAUGCAGAUUUCUGUUUGAAGCAACCUUAUUUGAAGAUAUACUUUCCAUUUAGGUUCUCAAUUACAUUCUUUCCUUACUUCCUCCAGGGUUGGUAGUAUAAAUGGAAAUGCCAGUUAUUGGCUUUCAGAUAGGAUAUACUAUACUCAAGACAAUUUUCAACAUUUACUUAAAGUCAUAAUUUAUUUCUAUGUACUAUAGUCUUGUGCAUAUGUAGUUGAACAAACAGUGGGAUAUAUGUCUCUAUUUGUGGAUAUGUGGCCUAAAAUUUCAGUGUCUGGUGAGAGAGACCCAUAUGUAUAGGUCAGAGAAAAGAAUUGCUCUCAGUUCCUGACUAGUGCCUGUAAUUUGUUUGCUUUUGUGUUUAUCUGGCUUAGUGUGCUAUUACUUUAAAACAGGAAGAAGUUUCAUCUUCUUGAGUCUUUUCUCACCUGUCCAGUCUAGCAUGUCAGAGAGCACUUAACCUGUGACAAUGUCCUUGACAAAAAGUUUGCUUCAUUUGCAGUAAAUUUAGUUGCCUCAAAAAUUCCUACAUCAAGAUGAACUUUUCCUUUCCUUGAAUGGGAUCAAGUAUCUGCCCAUUUUAUUAGUGGGUAGACUAUUUUAAUGUGACUUCAGAGAUUGCAAGGAUGGAAGGAUAUCUAAGUAAAUCCAAGGAGGAAAUGAAAAGUGAAUAUAUUGUUUUUGCUGUUCCUUUAUGUUUGUUUGUUAUUGGUUGCUUUACUGUGCAUAGUUAUUUUUAAUGCAGUGCUUGUCAAAUAAAUAUUGUGAGUUAUUUUGUAAAUGAAAUGUACUAUGUUAAAAACUGUCAACAGUUCAAAAGAAGCUUUGUUUAUUUGAAGAUGAUAUGUGUUAGAUGAAACCAAAAAAACAUAUAUAGUAGCUAUUUGAAUAUAAUCUUUAAGCUUUCUUAUAGCCUUUUCAAUGCUGAGAAAGAGUCUUUAUGUAAUAUUUUGUUAUAACAAUGACUUGUUAACAAAGCAAAUGGUAAAAGUACAAAGUUGGAAGAAAUCAAGGCAACUUGGCAAGACUUGCUGCAGAACUUUACAGAAUGGAGUAGACCCUGCCCACUGGCUGUCUCUCUCUCCAACCUCUCUACAUCCAUUGCCUGCUCUGAGAUGUCCUAUUGCAGCAAACUGCAUCUUGGAUCAUUAUUUUGGGAUACUUUGACUUUAGACUGUGUCACAGGUAGAAAAGGAGUUGAUGGAGAAUGGACUUUUAAAAGCUGACAUGUUUUAAUCAGUGCUAGAGGAAACAGAUUGUGAAUUUUGUUUACAGCAUCCAAUAUUUGGAUUUUUUUUUUUUUGUAAAUAAAAGAAGUUAUUUUUUUCUAUUGA